AUGUCACCGAAUGUGUCUGAUGUUGAUGAAGGAAUCGAUGAUUCAGAUUUGGCUGAUUCUUUGGCGGCGGUUGCGGAAAAUGACAAUGAAGACGUGUUCCACGCUCAUCCUGGAACGCGCUCACUCACUGAAUCAUCUGAAGCGACACCAGUUCCGUCUUCAGUCGCUUACACUGAUGACUCGAUCCUAGAUGUCAUCCAGCUGCCAACUUCUGCAGGGAAUCGUGAGUGGAAUGGGGUCCCCACUUAUCUAUAUCUUUUACAAAGUUAAUU